UCCGCCACCAUCAUGUACAAACAUACCAAGCCCAUCGGCCAGCGCAAGGUCUCCCCGCCUGGUCCUUCCUACAUGUCUAGCGACCAAGUUGCAAACUAUCUCAAAGAUCUGAGAACAAAUCGACCUGCACGUCCCACUGGAUCUCGCCCCCUCCCCGGAAAAGCCGCCGCGUCGACUGUUGAUCUUCAAAAUGACCUCCCACCCCGUGCAGCAUCCGCCUUCUCCAUGUACCGACAGAACAGCCCCCCGGAAGAGGAACCGCGCGCCGGCAGCGCCUUGUCACAUCGUCGCACGACCUCCCAUAUCACAGAGGGUGGCCCAGUUGGGCGUCCUCUCGCACAGGAGCCCCAAUCGGCCACGGUCAGACAGCAUGUAUUUCCAUCCCAGGUCUUCUCGCGACCAGUUGCCGCAUCUCCCGUGCCUUCGUAUCGGGAGAGUGGCCACCGCCGUCAUGAGAAGGAAGAAGCGCGAGACCUCCGUGAUGCGCUUCAGGAUAUGAACGUUCAAGAUGACGAUGUUCGUGUUCAUCAAGCUGCACAGGACGAGGCCACGGAGCUCGUAUGGAUGCACCAAAACCCUGGCCAAGCCUUCAAGAAUCCAUAUGCCCCUUACCAGAACCCCGAUGCUGCCUCGCAAGGGUCUGUUCGAAGCAAAUUCCGAAGAAGCUCCAGUAGCUUGACAAACAAAUUUCGCCAUUCCGUUGGAUCUAGCGGAUCUUCUAGUAGCCCCUCCAGUCCUGAAUUGGCCGAUGCUACUGUCGACAAAACCGCCCGCAGACGGUCAUCUCUUAGCACGAGCCAAAAGAAGAAUCGCAGAGUCAAUUUCGCGCUUCCCGGGGAAGGUCCACCCAAGGUUGAGCAACCCAGUGGUAUUCCUCGUCCUCGACAAGUCAGUGGUGAUUCUUCCAAGGGUGUAUUCAAAAAUCCCGACGACCACAUAUAUGAGGAGCCUGUCGACCCAGUCAAAGAAGCGGUCGAGCCUACCCCCGACUUCACCAGAUCUGACUCGUCUGCGUUGCGUAAUAAGCCUCGCAAUGCUCUGCCGCGUGUCAACAAACCUCUUCCCUGGCUUCGAGAUCGGAAAACUGGGCAAGGCUCGGUGCGAGAUAGGAUCUCCCAGUUCGACAUUCAUAAGAACCCGCCGACCCAAUCCCGAAAUCCGACCUAUAUGGAGAACGACCCAACCCAAUCCCGAAAUCCAACCUACAUGGAGAACGAUCCUCUACCCCCGACACCCCCUAGCUCCCGCGAAGAGGAGCUUCCCACCAAAGAGGGCAAGGAAAUCCGCAGCGAUGAUAUUCGUGCGGCAACGAGCAAGAGGCUAAAGGAUCGAAGCGAGAACUUGCCUAUGCCUUCAGCUGUCAGCGAUCGCAUGGGCCGGCCAAUUGUUAGCUUUGAUCCGAAAUGGCAAUCGAGUGAACAGCCCAAGCGCGAUUCAGCAUCCUCAACACCGCCAAUCCCCACCAUCCAGGUCGCUCCGAGCAUUGAGGUCACACCUAGCAUUGAGGUCACACCUAGCAUCGAGGUCACACCUAGCAUCGAGGUUUCCCAACCUCCCUCGAUACCAGUGAUCAAUGUGCCUGAUAUCCAGGAGCCCACUAUUUCGGAAAUUACUCAGCCACCACAACACAACAGUACCCAACCUACCAGACCGAGGCAACAGCCUGCAGCUGGUCAGAAUCGCCAGAUGCCGCCUGCAAGGCAAGCAUCGCAACCACAAAACAGCUGGCGUACCCAGUACUCUCGAUCCGGUGUCCCGACGGCCAGUUGUGAGUCAUGCUCUCAUCCGAUCUCUGGUAAGAUCGUGACUGCUGGGGGUGCCCGAUUCCACCCAGAGUGCUUUAUCUGCUUCCACUGCCACACCGCUCUUGAAUGCGUUGCUUUCUACGAAGAGCCGCUUGCUAGCCGCGCUGAAAGACUUGAGAGUAGCCCGGAUGAAUCGCCCGUUCCUCGCUUUUACUGCCAUCUAGAUUUCCACGAAUUCUUCAGCCCGCGCUGCAAGAGUUGCAAGACACCCAUUGAGGGAGAAGUGGUCGUUGCCUGUGGUGCGGAAUGGCAUGUCGGUCACUUCUUCUGCGCCGAGUGUGGUGAUCCCUUUGACUCAAAGACCCCCUUCGUAGAGAAGGAUGGCUUUGCCUGGUGCCUCAAAUGCCAUGGCCGCCGUACGGCCCCUCGUUGUCUGGGCUGCAAGCAGCAUGUCCUAGACGACGUUGUCGUGACCGCUAUUGGCGGGCAAUGGCACGAGCAAUGCUUUGCUUGCCAUGAAUGCGGUAGCGGAUUUGGGGCCGACGGCCGCUUUUUUGUCCGUGAAGGCGAGCCUAAGCGUACAGCCAAGGGUCGUAUCAUUGGUGGGCCCGUCCAGCUCGCCAUCUGUGAAAGAUGCGAGGCCUUACGCUUGAAAUCACAUGGGAUGUGCUGA